AUGGCACACCCAACACAACUAGGAUUUCAAGACGCAACAUCACCCGUUAUAGAAGAACUUCUUCACUUCCACGAUCACGCAUUAAUAAUUGUGCUACUAAUUAGCACUUUAGUGUUAUAUAUUAUUACCGCAAUAGUAUCAACCAAGCUUACUAACAAGUAUAUUUUAGACUCUCAAGAAAUCGAAAUUGUAUGAACUAUCUUACCAGCCGUCAUUUUAGUGCUCAUUGCCCUGCCCUCUCUACGCAUUUUAUAUCUUAUGGAUGAAGUCAACGACCCGCACCUAACAAUUAAAGCCAUAGGACAUCAAUGAUACUGAAGCUAUGAAUACACGGACUAUGAGGACCUGGGGUUUGACUCUUAUAUAGUACCGACCCAGGAUCUCGCCCCAGGCCAAUUCCGACUCCUAGAAACGGACCAUCGAAUAGUUGUCCCAAUAGAGUCCCCAGUCCGCAUCCUAGUAUCCGCCGAAGACGUACUACACUCUUGAGCUGUUCCAUCCCUGGGCGUAAAAAUAGAUGCAGUCCCAGGACGGCUAAAUCAAACCGCCUUCAUUGCCUCACGCCCGGGGCUAUUCUAUGGGCAAUGCUCUGAAAUCUGUGGGGCCAACCACAGCUUCAUACCAAUCGUGGUUGAGUCAGUACCGCUAGAACACUUCGAAAACUGAUCCUCAUUAAUACUAAAAGACGCCU